UGCUCUCGUCACAAACACGCUAUCUGGGGCACUGUGUAUCAAUUGAUCUUUACAGAGUGCGUUCAUUACGGAGUGCGUCGACCUAUAAAAAGGAGUGUGGCUUGGAGCACUGGACCAGACUUUCCCCAGUUCUGUUCUUGAGGUGCGAGGGAGACUCCAGAGAGAGAUACUGAGCAAUAUGGAGGGGACUUUCCGAGAGCAGCUGUUCUUUGUUGUGUUAUGUCUGUCAGUUCUCAAGGGAGACGCCAGGUACAUGGAGGAAAAUGAGAUCACUCCAGAAGGAUUAUUUUCCCUUCUUAAUUCUGAACUCAAAAGAGAAAUACCAGAGGAAUUCAUUUACAGCCGACCUCUCCGGUGUCUGGACAUGGUGGCAGCAGAGGGUCAGUUCACCUUUACAGCAGACCGGCCUCAUCUCAGCUGUGCUGCUUUCUUCAUCGCUGAGCCCAACCAGGUCAUCAAUGUGGAGUAUGAUAGCGUUGACAUCGACUGCAGAGGUGGAGACUUCAUCAAGGUGUUUGACGGCUGGGUGAUGAAGGGAGAGAAGUUCCCUAGUUCCCAGGAUCACGCCCUGCCGCUGAUGGAACGCUACGUAGACUACUGCGACUCCGGGACUGUCAGGAGAACCGUACGGUCAUCUCAGAACGUUGCAAUGCUGUUCUUCCGUGUUCACACCGUCGGCAGCUCCUUCACGCUGACUGUCAGGAAACCCAUCAACCCUUUCCCCUGUAAUAUCAUCUCCCAGACACCAGAGGGCAGCUUCACCAUGGUGAUACCCCAGCAGCACAGGAACUGCAGCUUCUCCAUCAUCUACCCCGUGGAGAUCAAGAUCGCUGAGCUCAGCCUGGGACACCUCAACGACUUCCCCAUCAAGAAGUCCAUGCCAGGCUGUGCUGGAGCAGGGGACUUUGUGGAGCUGCUGGGAGGGAACGGGAUGGACCCGUCUAAGAUGUUCCCAGUAGCUGACCUCUGCUACAACUUCAACGGCCCCGCCCAGAUGAAGAUAGGUUGUGACAACACUGUGGUGAGAAUGGUGUCCAGCGGUAGGUUUGUCAACCGGGUGGCGUUCCAGUACCGGCUACUGGACCGGCAGGAGCUGCAGAGGAUCAAGGUGAACAGUGUGGAGGAUUUCUGCUUCACUGGCUGAGCUCUCUCUAUCUAUCUCUCUAUCUACCACCUAGCUAAUGGGUACCACCCAUCACUGGCUGCCAAAUCUACCAUGAUACUGAUUACAGAAAAAAAAUCCUGAGGAUUGCCAUAACGUUCUGUUCUGUACUCCUUUUUGAAUUUAAAGAGAUUGAUUUAUUUUUUACCUCAUUCGUUUUUUUUCUUCACUAUAUGUUAAAUGAAUUGUGGCUGGCGCUCAAGCUUAAUAAAGUGUUAUUUUGUGUUUGUGGGCAGUUCUGCUAUUGGUUUGAUUCUAUGAAUGCCAGUGAAAACAGACCAGUGAGGGUGUUAGCAGGGUGUUUUGGUUCACGUUCUUUACAAGGAAGGGUGUUGAAAAACUGAAUGUUUCUUUCUAUUUAUUUUGGGAGACGAUGUGUGUCGUUUUGGGACUGUGGCCGGAGGCAAGUGUUCAAUAGAGUAUGUUAAAUACAUGUUCAUUGCUGUUAUCUAUAUUUAUUUGUAUCAAACAAUUUUUUUGUAAUAAAACUGAGCCGCAUGAUAAAGCA